UAUUUACCCUCACCUCUUUAAUAUAUAACUAGUAAAACCUUGGCUCUAGAUACAACAUACUUUUAAUUUCAAUGAAUCAUCCUCUUGGUUAAUAAUACAUUUGAUAAAGACUUUCAGUGUUGUAGCCUAUGAUCAGCCAGUCAUGGGCUGUAAACAUUGGCUCCCCAAAUCUGAUUUUUGGGACAGGGAAGUCAGAGGGAAAAUGUAAUCCAAAAUCUGUUAAUCCCGUAACGGUCUCUUUAAAGUGAAGAACAAAACAUCUGAAAAUAGAGGAUCGUCAGGAGAGACUUUGGCGCAUGCGUCGUUGUAUUGUGCAUCAAGGGUGACUGCGGAUCACACACUGCUCAUUUGGGGUCGAGAUCAGGCAUCCGCCCCAAACAGACCUGCGGGAAUCAUGGGUAGUGUGUUCCUGCCAGCGGAUGCGGCCCACUCAGUGCUGAGACGCCUGCCCAGGGCAAACAACAUGCUGGAGGAGAUGAAACAGGGCAACAUCCAGAGAGAGUGCCGGGAGGAGAUAUGCACAUACGAGGAGGCCAGGGAGGCAUUUGAGAACGAUGAGAAGACGAGACGUUUUUGGGAGGAAUACGUCCGUGAGAGCAGUCCUAGCGGGGGGCUGGAGGCUGUCAUGGGUGGAGUCAACCCCCUCUACCUGAUCCUGCCCCUCGUACUGCUCUUUCUGCUCAUCGCCGCCGUGGUCAUCACCGUGUGGAGGUGUCACUCUCGCAAGCACUCCGAGCGCAGCCCCGCCAUGGGCUGCCCUCACCGGGAGCCCGGCCUAUCUGUGGUCUCCAUGGACCAGUGGGGGAGGGACUACCACCCAGAGCACCUGGAGCUCAGCGUCCACAGCAGCCCAGCCUACCCAGGCUCCGAGCUCACACCAGGGAGAGGAAGCGCGGCAGACCCCCCGCCAUCUUACGAGGAGGUGGUGGGCCAUACCGACGUCCAUGUAGAGACGGAGCCCCCCCCUCAGUACGAGGACAUAGUCAAUAGUGCUGUCGUAGGCCAUGGGAAGUGACCCCCCCUUUUGCCAUUGCACUGAUUUGACCCAAGAGACUCCAGCCCUCCCUUGUCUGCACCUUUCACAGCAAUACCAUCCUCAGCUCACCCCCUCACUGCUGUUUUUUUAUUUUAUUGUUACAACACUAACAGAGUUUUGUUGGAGACGGUGUUGUCUAAGCUUGCACUAAUUGCUCACCAGGGUUGAGUGACAGUGGAGACAAACGCCAAUGAUAUCGCAAUACCAAAAUGCACUGAAACAGAUCUACAUCCUGUGGCUUCCCUACUAGCAUUCUGUACUAUAUAACAAGAGGUUGUUUUCUUACAUAUGAAUGGUGCAUGGUCAAAGUGGUUUCUGUUUGCCAUAUUUGUAAAAGGAAACACGUUCUAUUUAUAUAGAAUUAUUUUUGUAAUGUUUGGUGGAAAUGUAAAAACAAACAAUUUAGUCUUGCAUAAUAUUAGAUUGUUGCAUAAUAUUAGAUUGUUGUCAUGAUAUGGCAAAUUGUAUGUAUACAUGAACUUAUUGAACUAUUGCAGAUGGUCAAAAUAUGUCUUCUUGCAUCUUGUGUGUGAUGACAGCAGAGGUUGACGAGGAUAGUAAAUUAACCCUUGUGCUGCCUUCGGGUCACAUGACCCAAAGGUUCAUAACGAACCAUCAUUGUGUUUACCCAGUUUUACCCAAUACAAAAACUAAUAAAAAUAAUUUUCUUUUAACCUUUGCAAUGUGGGGGGUCUGAGACAGCCCAACGGUUAAAAGGAAAUGCUUCACUUUGUUUUUGUAUGAGGUAAAUUUGUCGCAAUACGACGGUGGGUCACACGGCUGAUGGGUCAGAAUGACCCGAAGAUAACACAAGGGUUAAGCAAUCUACUGUAGGGUCCAAAAGUCUCAGGUCGAAUUGAAGACUGAGAAAGCCAAGCAUUCUGUGACAUCACAAGACGCUCUUUGGAACAAAUUGUCAAGUCACGUUGUGCUUAUACAUUUUUUUUACAUUGUUAUGAAAGCAAAAAGGGGACAUAAAUACUAGUAGAGAAUAACUGUACUACAUUCAAAACGGACCUUGAUUAGUGGUCUCUGACUUUUGGACCUUACUGUGUGAGACCUGAAGUUACCGAUGCAAAGUAAUGAGGCAGGGCCGAACCCCAUUGUCUUCAUGGGGAAAAUACAGUAUUAAAUGUCACUGUACAGAGAUGUAUAUACCUUUUUAUUAAGGUGAGUGUGCUGAGAUUUUAUCAAGAGGCUUUUUUUGUGAUUGCAUUGCUUUUAACGUAGCGAAUGUGGUGAAUGAAGGCACUUUCUGGUCAGGUGUAAACCAAGCCUUUUUUUUAUUUUUUUUAUACAAA